UACAACUAACUAAUGAUAAUCAAUGUAUGAGUGCUAUUCUGAAAGUUUGUUGGCUCGCUCGAUGCGAUCUUACGUUUAGCUAGUUAGCACGUUUAGUAUACAGUCGAUUGUUAGCCAACAUUAACAAACACUUGCAUAUUUGAAGUAAUACCAAGGUCACUAAGCAGAUGGUCGUGUAGCAUGCUAUGUCACGAAUUACGUGGCAGCUGUGUAUAUGUUGGAUAUGUGUGGUGGGUAGCAUGUGCAUGGUUGCUCACCCUUCCUUUAGGGAAUAUGCAAAGAUUGCUGCUAUCCUCCGGAGGAGAAAAAAGGAUUACUAUUUGAAAAGACUGAUACCUGAAAUUAUACAGUCAACGUCAUUUCUGACUGCCAAUGGGGGACUAUACAUUGCGUUCUUCUGCAUUCUCAGGAGACUUCUUGGCAGGUUCUAUUCAUGGUCCACAGGAUUCGGAGCGGCUCUGCCAGCUUCGUACAUCGCCAUCCUGAUUGAACGGAAAAGCAGGAGAGGACUGCUGACCAUAUACAUGGCAAAUCUGGCGACAGAAACUAUAUUUCGGAUGGCAGUCAGAAGAGGAAUGGUUAGCCCCAUCAAACACGGAGAGAUACUGCUGUUCUGCUUGACUGCGUCAAUCUACAUGUUCUUUUUCCGCAGCAAAGAUGGCCUCCAGGGAUUUGCAUUUUCUGCUCUCAAGUUCAUUGUGGGAAAAGAGGAGCUCCCCACACAUUCGCUACAGGCAGAAAACGCAUACAAGGGGGCACCAGAGAGGGGCGCCAUCGAGUCAGAGAGCGAGAGGAGAGAGAGACCACAGUCCCAGCCUGCCUCCUGCAGAACGUCCAUCGCUGCCCUGACCCGGAGACUGCUGGAGUCUGUGUGCAAGCGUGGGCCCAGACACAGAUGUUGUAAACAUUACCAUGACAACUGCAUCUCAUAUUGUGUCAAAGGGUUUAUUCGGAUGUUCAGUGUGGGUUACCUGAUCCAGUGCUGUCUGAAGGUUCCCUCAACGUUUCGGCAGGCCUUUACCAAACCCUCCCGUCUGCUCUCUCUGCUCUACCACAAGGAGAACUUCCAGCUGGGGGCGUUCCUGGGCUCCUUUGUUAGCAUAUACAAGGGGACGAGCUGUUUCCUGCGGUGGGUACGUAACCUAGACGAUGAGCUCCACGCCCUUGUCGCUGGUUUCCUGGCAGGCAUCUCCAUGUUCUUUUACAAGAGCACCUCCAUCUCCAUGUACCUGUUUUCCAAAUUGGUGGAGACCAUGUACUUCAAAGGCAUUGAGGCCGGGAGAUUACCCUAUUUUCCUUACGCGGACACCCUGAUCUAUGCUGUUUCUACAGCCAUCUGCUUCCAGGCGGCAGUGAUGGAGGUGCAGAAUCUGCGGCCCUCAUACUGGAAGUUCCUGCUUCGGCUCACCAAGGGCAGAUUUUUAUUGAUGAACCGGGAAGUUCUAGACAUUUUUGAAACUGGCGCAUCGCAGGAAUUCCAAGGCUUCCGCCCCAAACUGGACCCUAAGUACACGCUGUUCCCACCUGCUGUGGAUGUCCAGCUGGACUGAGGAGUGCGAGGGGCAUGGGGUGUCUGGCUAGGGUCACCAUUCGACCCGGUCCAAAUCGAGUGCGGGACCCUCACACAAAUCAGUGUCACUUCCACGUGAAGCAAAUUGCAGCGCUGAUCUAAAAGUGCCUAUGAUGAAAUGGACGUAAUUCUGCAUAAUGUCUUCGUAAACAUUUACAACAAUUUAUGAUAUCAGCCUAAGGUCCAGUAGUGAUGAUAAUAUUUUAACGGUUGUCCAGUGUUAUUGCAGGUUUUACGUGGGAUGCCUUGUAGAUGCUCCAAGAAAAGAGGCACCAUAAUGGUACAUGUGAGCGUUCAGGGAUGUGAGAGAGUAGGUGGUGAUGGAGGCUAAAGUUGGGGUUCUACCAAAAUAUUUAAUUUCAUUUAUUUCUCACAGUUGAGUGGUUCAGCAUUAAGAAAUGGCCUGAACAUGUGUUCAAUGAUUAACGUAAAUAACCUUGAAUUUACAGAAAAUAUACUGAUGAAACCUAUUAUUGUUUGUGGAGUCUGUAGUUGCAGAGCACCCCUCCUAUUUUUGUAGCAGAUUAAACACGGAAGACACAUGAAGACCAACCUUGAAUUUGUUUUUGGAAAGGCUGCAGAUGAUGUUAUAUAUACUGUGAUUUUCUUUUGGCCAUGUUGUUGUUCAGCAGGCUUUCUUUAAAAUGUCGUUAAUGAACAGCUUAUUUUGGAUCCUAAAAAUGGUACUUGGGUACUUGGCAAUUCAUUGAAUUAUUUUUCAAACUUGCUGUCUAUCUUUAGUAAUCAGUAUCUUCCCAUAGUGAAAGCGGUUUGGGGAGAACAAACCAAGGAUAUGGCAGAACUUGGUUCCAAGUGUGUAUGUAUGGGUGAGUUCACAAGUUAUUCUUAGCUGCACUUUUUGGAUUAGCAUGAAUACAUUGAGGGCAACACUGCUGUCUGUUUACGGAAGGGGGAGGGAGGGGGCGGGUGGGGUCUUGUUUUAUUUCAAAUGCAGAAUCGUCAAAAGGGAAAAAAAUGCUGACAGUUCACGGUAUUAGGCCUGUCUGGUUCUGACUUCUUGUACUGAUGGCAGGCAAGAUGUCUUAAGUUACAAGACUUAUGCAGAAAUUACCUGAAUAAAUGGCUUUCAGUAAUAUUUAGCUCGACUCACGACUGGUACUCAUGAAACUGUAUUCAGAAACCCUUAAAGUUUUUUUUUAAAGAACUUUAAUUUUAAUUUGUAGGAAGUUUACAUCACUGGUGCCUUUUAAGGUGCAAUGACUUUUACACUGAAAGGUUUGCCUCCAGCUUCAAUGUGAUUGUACAAAGCUGAUGAUAAGUGAAAUGAUUUAAUUCAGUCUACUCAGCAGAGAUUUAAUAUGUAACAAUAAAUAUGAUAAUGCUGUGUAUGCCCUGCGAUGGACUGGCGACCUGUUGUAUUCCUGCCUUUUGCCCAAAGCAUGCUGGGAUAAGGCUCCAGCCUGUGACCCUGACCAGGAAUAAGCAGGUUAGAUGAUGUAAGGAUGGAUAGGUGGAUGGAUAUACAAUGAAUAUGAAGUUUAGUAAUACAGGACAGUGUAAUUGACCAUAAAUGAAACUGUAAUUUAUGUAAAAAUGAAGCUAUAUGUUUGUUUUUUGGGAAGGUGCAAGAGCUUUCUUAUAAAAUUUGCUGAAUUUAGCCAUGAA